ACUCCUCAAUUUACUGUGACCGAUAUCAUGGAGUUACAGCAAUGCUCUCCUGGUACCGACGGACGCUCGGCAGGACAUUUGGUUGGACAAGUUAUUAGAAUAUCGCAGAUGAACCGGUGAUCAUCAAUCUAAUCCAGAGAGGUUGUAUCACUACGGCGCAGAACUAUGGAAGACGACGACGCCUCAAAGAUUCGAGACAAAGAUGUUGUAGAUGUGACCAUGUCAGAAAAUAUAUCCAAACCUGAUACGACGAGGGAUGGUGCUGGUAUUUUAAACAGAAGGCCGACCCCAAGGGAACUAAGUCGUCUGUCCCUUCUGGUGGAAGCGACAAUGGUUACGAUGUUGUUUAUUGAACUUGGUCUUUCUUUCGAAGACAUCGAGUCAGUAAGACAUGAUUGCUAUCCUUUAGCGCAUAUCACAUAUAUCACAAAGCUGUUUUUACGCUGGACUUAUGCAUAUCCUAAGCAAACGUUCCAUCACAUCGAACGGGCUAUGACGUGCAUUGGCAUGAACACGGACCAUAUCUUAGAGGUGAUCGAAACUGAGGAAGAAAGUGUAGUGGAAGAUAUAGUUCCAAUUGAAGUGUUAGCAAGACCUCCAUCUGAUGAUGAAGUAAAGGAAAUAACUAAUUUCAUUGGCAAUACAUUUGUCAACCUGUUUCUUGAAAUGGGACUGUCAAUGACAGUCAUUGAGCAUCAAAUGCUUUUUCCAUCUGGUUUUAAUCUAAAGAUGAAAGCACUCCUCCAUUAUUGGAAAGAAACAUUCAAGGAAAAGGCUACCAUAGGCAGAUUGUUGACGGCGAUGAAAGUUGUUAAGAUGGACUGGUACUCAACAGCAACAAUCUGGGCGACAUGUCAGGAGAAGGACGAUACCAGACGGAGACGUUUAAUUAAAGAUCAACAGAAAUUUAUGGCUGGAAUAGCUGAUAAUGUUGAAACCCCCUGCAACAUUACUGUCACUGUCGUAGGUCACAAAGGAGUAGGGAAAACAUGUUUCGUCAGACAAAUCAAACAAGAAUAUAUUCCGGAAGGUGGGCCAAACUCGACGGACACCGCUGAUUUGUAUAUAAACCAUCUAGCUUACAAUCCGGACACCGGCGUCCGAAAGGAACUUGAUGAAAAUGGGGAAGAAGAGACCGGCCGGCAACGAAUUAAAAGGAUCAUAGAUAGAUAUGACAAAAUGGAAAUGACUGAUAAAGAUCCAUCUGAAAGUACGCCGAAUAUACAGGAUCAGGAUAAAACGCCACCUACGAUAAAAGAAACACCCACAAAUGAAGUCGCAUCCACAUCAUUACCUUCCUCAUCAUACACGACAAAAGAAGUUCAACGGCAAACAAAAUCGCAAGCGCGUCCUUCCCGUUUAAAUGAAGAAGCCCGGUCCGUAGCAUUAUCUUCCGAACAAAAAAAACUUAUAGAGGAGAUAAUGCUCACUGUAUCAAAGGAAGAUGAUAAACAGAUGAAGGGUUUCAUCACAAUCUGUGACUUUGGAGGAGAGAAAGUGUUCUAUAACACCCAUCACUGUUUCAUGUCAAGCAACAUGGUUUUCGUCCUGGUAUUCGACGUGGCGAUGUGUCUAGAUCCUGUCAGAUCCAAGGAUGGUUACGAAAGGAUCGAAACCUGGCUGAAGUCUAUCGCUACCUUUGCUGUUGACCAAGCAGCCCUUGGUAAAGGGACGCCUCCUGUAAUCCUGGUGGGAUCCCACCUUGAUGUCAUUUCUUCUGAUAAAGAAAAACAAGAAGCCGCAUUCGCCACGGUGCUGAAUAAGCUGUAUGAGAAUCCACACCUGAGUGAAAUCAUGGAAAAACAUGUGCAGGGAGUCUAUCCUAUACCCUACUUGAAUCAUUCCAAAAAGAAUCAAGACAUAUAUGAUGAGGUGUGGAGGAAGAUCAUAGAAAUUGCUCCGCUUCAAUCUCGAUGGGGAAAACCUGUCCCUGCCAAAUGGGUCGCCCUUGAAUACCAACUGGUAAAACUUAAGAAGGAGGGUGGCAUCAUUCUUACGUAUGAAGAAUUGUUGGAAAUAAACAGAAAGUCAGCAGUACCACUAACAGAACAUGAAAUCCCUUAUUUCCUUAGGAACCUGAGGUAUGCUGGGUCUUUUCUUUGUUUUAACCUUCAAAACAAUACAGCAUUUAUCGUUCUUAAACCUCAGUGGAUAAUUGAUGCAUUCAAGGCCAUUAUCACGGAUCGCAAGUUCACGGCCGGCCUGUCGAGGCAGCUAAAAUUGCGGUGGAGAAAGUAUGAGAAAUCUGGUAUUCUAACACUCGACUUUAUCCGGCAACUUUGGCGGACAAACGAGGACGAAAUCUUCCUUAACAACAUAAAUACGCUUUGCAGCAUCAUGGAAACACUUGGCUUGCUAGCAAAUCCAUUGUUAGAUAAAUCAAAUGACGAGGUUGAUUAUUACAUAGUUCCAAGUAUGCUCCAAACGGCGGAUCCCGAGAUCAUUCGACCAAUACUAGAUGACACUGAAACUGUCACCACUGUCACUCUUUGCAUCAAGUUCGACAAUCCAUUCAUCCCACAAGCCGUGUGGGACAAGGUUAUCGCUGCCUGCAUCCACAGAUUCCAACAACUAAAUGAGCGCGGGUAUGACGGUUCAACGUUUAUCCAACGCGGAUUUGUCUGUCUAUCUGUAGACUUUCUGUGGAACGUUAUCAUCAACUGCAGCGAAAAUGUCAUGAAGAUUACAAUGUUCAAGAAGGAUACGGAUAAAUCAGUACCAGCAGGAGCCGGAGUGAACCUACUCAGUAUUCUAGAUUUUCAUCUCAAAAGGAUUCUGAAAUUGAAUCACCAGAGUCAUCUCAAGUACCAGUUCUACCUCCACAACGACUACAGCUUCUCAGCCGAUGACAAGAUGGUGAAGGUAGCCAAACUCGAACGGACCCCACGCUUACAAUGUCACAGCUCUAAUGAUAGCCGAUUUCUAGAAAGAGAAGACCUCCGCGUCUGGUUUAAAGGAGCAGAUUGGAAGGCCAAGGGGACCCAUUUGGAGCAUAAUAAACUGGCAAAUGAAUUACCUGAUAGAAGUUUGAGUUUCAAAGAGGUUGGUCGAGUCUCUAAACACAUCGGGAAAUCGUUCUCGGUUUUCUUUGGCGAAUUAGGCUGUCCUGUUGAGGAUGUGGAUCGGAUGAGGAGUGAGAACCAUGGAUUGUCGUUUAGAUCUCUCUAUACGGAGAUCUUUAUUCACCUUCUUAUGAACAUGACAGAUCUCAGUUUUGCGAGAGUUGCAGUUACAAUGUUGGGACACGGAAUAGAUCAAGGAAAACUUUCAACCGUUGUGGACGAGAAUAGACAAACUAUAUUUGAUGUCGUAGCUUUGCCGGCAAGUUGUCUACAGAAAUGUCUAGCUGUAAAUGACGCCCCUAAUAUUGCGAAACACGUGGACCCUAAAGCCUACUUCAACCUGUUCCUGGAGCUAGGAUUCCAUCCGACACAGAUAAAGGAGUUUGAUGUCAAUUUCAGACACAAAGACAGUCUCGAAAAGAUAACUGCUAUGCUGAAGCAGUACAUAAAAGAAACCCAACCCUGUCCAACUGUCAACACGCUUCUUCUUGCAAUUCAGGAAUGCGACAUGGACAUUGACGCCGUCAUAACUUCAUUAAAUUGCACUAAGGAUAUGCCCAUGGAUGUCCCUUGAGCCUGAAGGACAAAUCUGUUAUCCAGAUAGUACAGAAAAGACAGUGGAAUUGCUCUUCUAUUCUAAAACCGUUCUGUCCGGCAUCAGAAUGACGUCAUCAUUGUGCAAUGUUACCCUAUUAAAUCGGAAAAUGACAUCAAUCAAAUCCUACGAUGUCUAACGACAAGAACGUGUGUAAUAAAAAGAAUCACCUAUGUGAGAUAUAGACAGAUAUACAUUUAAGACGUCUAAUGACGGAAUGAAAAUAAUCAUCCAUGUGAGAUACAGACAAAGAUACCUUACGAUAUUUGGUGACAGGAACGUGUGUGAUAAAAAAACACCCAUGUGAUAAUUAUAUAUAGAGAGAUACCUUACGAUAUCUAGCGACAAGGAGGUGUGUGAUAAAAAUAAUCAUUCAUGUAUGAUAUAUACAGAGAUAUAUCUUACAUGAUAUCUGGUGACAGGAAUGAAAAUAAUCAUCAAUGUGAGAUAUACAGCAGAUUCAAUUUCUCUGGCCUACGAUAUUUCAUUUAACCGUUAUUUAGGAACUAUCAAUUACAAUAGAAAUCAAUCUAAAAUUUGUUUUAGAUAAACGAAAAAAAUGUUGCUGUACUAUGAUUAUUGUGCAUUGUACUUUGAAAUGUUUGUUCCUAUUGACUUGGAACUAUUCUAUCCAAAUCCUCAAUGUUCAAAACACCUUUACGGUACAAAAAAUUGUUCAUAAAGACAAAAAAAAAUAAAAGAUCACAGUAAUAACCCAGAAUUUCUGGGAAUGGAAAGUGACUCAGAAUCGUCAAUGGUUUUAAAAUGCAUUAAGAUGGAUCUAUAUUUCAGUACAUAUUACUUUAUGUAUCUUGAUUUGUAACACAUAAAAAAGCUUGAUCAUAAGAUAAUAAUUUUAUCAAAUAUAACAUCAGUAACGCUGUGUCAUAAAUAUAUAUUAGAUAGCAUUAUAAAUGAAUACUGCAUCAUGCAAAAAUAAAUCAAAUUCAAAGGAGUUGCUUCUAAAUAGCAAGUCAGUCCCUAUCAAUUCCUUUCCUUCUUGAAAAAAUACACACAUUAAUAUUUAUAAGCAUUUUUAACAUCUCCAUAUAGCUUGUCAGACUCUGCUUUCAGUUACCUCCCCUUAUACCAGAGAGUAAGGCAUAUUAUACUGUAUGAAUAAAAUGUCUUGAUGCAUAUAAUACUAGUAGGACGAAGUUUGCUUCUCGUUAGUAUUAAUAGAAAAGAAUAUUUGACCCUACCCCUACUAUAUCAACACGGUGUAACACUACGAUGCAUCGACUGUGGAACGGAAGUAUACUUGAUUGGUCGAUAAUUAUAGUUAGUAUAGUAUAUAGAGGUAUCGACCAAUCAGAUUGCAAUCGCAUUCCAUCCAUCUUCUCACGUUUAAAUCAUUGUCAUACGACAAAAGAAUAACAUGCACUGAUAUUUAAGGAUUCUAAACCAAGGUACAAUACUGAAGUUGUAUGCAUUUAAUAUUUUAAUCGAAUUGAACUUAAUUUCAAAGUAAAUCGAAGUUCAUCCCCACUUCCGGUUUUUGCGAAUGGUACACCUUGCUGGGGGCUAAUUUGUUUCUAUAAUACUGACCAGAAGCAGACGCCUGUGGACUGAGACCACAAUUAAGUACUUCCGGGUUCAGGCCCCACGAAUGAAGUCCCCUCAAAAUGUAUGUAUUUCAGGAAAACA